GAUGGUUACCAAGGUAGUUUGUACGCAUAAGCAGCGCGUUGUGUAGCGUAAGAAAGAAAAUAGGUGAAAAGAUCGUGCUAACUUUGUAUUAUUAACAGGCACGAUGAGUUGUUGUGCACAUGUUGAUAGAUAUAAGGAGGAGAAAGGAACUUACACGUUUCGACUUAUACAUGCUUUUUUUGUAGCUUGUAUAGCGGAAGGUUCUUUAAAAAGAAAGGCACACUGUAUUUGCUACGAAUGCAAAAUACUUACACGCAGAAUUCAUGCAUGUUUAUUUUGUGUCUAUUUUGGAUGCUACUACAGAAGUCAUAUUCAUAAGCAUGCAGAAGAAAAGCAACAUCAUCUCGCCAUGGAUACCAAUAUUGGUACUGUUUAUUGCUUUGUAUGUAAAGAUUACAUGUAUGAUUCAGAUUUUGAAGCAAUCUCAAAGAAACAUAUGCAGCAGGCUGCACGAUGCAUGAGAUUAGACUUAUAUUCUCCUUGGGAGCCAAGUUCUACAGAAAUACAGAUUUUAAAAGAAUGUCAAGUUAGAAAAUUUAUUGGUAAUUCAUAUUUAGGAUUACGAGGUCUUGUAAAUAUGGGAAAUACAUGUUUUGUAAAUUGCAUUGUACAAGCUCUAAUGCAUACACCUGUUCUGCGAGAUUAUUUUCUUGCUGAAAAACACAUUUGUCCUACUAAUGAUCCUUCUUCAUGCCUGGGUUGUGAAAUGGCUAGAUUAUUCCAAGAGUUUUAUUCAGGGGGAAAUACUCCUCUAAUUCUGAAUAAGUUAAUAGACAUGCUCUGGGAUCAUGCUACGUCUUUCGCUAGCUUUGAACAACAGGAUGCACAUGAAUGUUUUAUUGCUAUUCUUGAUCUUUUGCAUCAGCAUUGCAAAGGACCAAGUGAACUUCAUAUUAAAAAUGAUCAACAUUGUAACUGCAUUAUUGAUCAGAUGUUUUCUGGUUUUUUGCAAUCAGAUAUUACCUGUCUAAAUUGCAAAUUUGUAUCCUCAACUUUUGAUCCAUUCAUGGGUAUAUCUUUAGAUUUAGACACAAAUGAUGGAACACCAAUUGCUUCGACUCUCUUUCAGUGUUUAGAAAGAUAUACUAAACCAGAGCAUCUUGAUAAGAAAUUGACUUGUAAAAGAUGUGGAGAUGAACAAGAAUGUACAAAGCAGAUGACACUGAAAAAACUUCCAGUCGUUACUAACUUCCAUUUAAAACGCUUAUCUGAUCAAAAAUCUCACAAGAAGAUCACAAAUUUUAUUUCCUUUCCCGAGUGCCUCGAUUUGACACCAUUUAUGGCAUCUUAUGCAUGUGAUAAAUCUUCCACUUGUAAUGGAGAAACUGCAUCUAGUGGUCUUGGUGAUAGUGAUAAAAAAUUCUAUUUAUUUGCUGUUGUGUGUCACAGUGGAAAUAAUGUGGGUGGACAUUUUAUUACAUUUGUUAGGCAACAUAAAAAUAAAUGGUUUAAAUGUGAUGAUCAUACGAUAACAGAAAGUAGUAUAGAAGAAGUCCUUCAAAGUGUUGGGUAUAUCUUAUUUUACCACAAACAAAUAUUGGAAUAUGAAAAAUGUGACAACUAAUUUAAUCCCACCAACUGUGUUCUAUAUUGUGAUCUCUUUAUAUGAAAUGAACUUUAGUAUCGAAUUUGGUACAUGAUCUAAGUUUGCUCAAGAUGAUAUACAGAGCUUCUAAAAUUUCUGACUUUUUAAUAUAAGGGCUAUGAGACUUAAAUUAUUCUUUUGAUUUUGUGAAACUGUGGUAAAUGAGUAAAUGGUGUUCUUGUGUUGAGUAAAAGAAAAUUCAUGAUAUCACCUGGAUGUGGCACUGGACCGUGAUGAGGUUUAUAUUCCUAUCUGAGUGAUCAUCUAUCCUAAGCUUUAACUUUGUGUGUUUCUUGUGCGUACUGUAUGUAAGUUUAUUGUCUGCCAGUUUUUUUAAUCCAUGGCUAACAAAUAUGGAAAGUCCAUCCUACUAGACGUAUUUCAAAUUUAUUUGUCUGUUUUUGGUAAAUGUGUAUGCAUUAAAAUUCAAUCUUUUUUGGACUGCAUGCUCAAGCUAGAGGUUGCAGGAAAAGGUACGUUCAGGAAAAGUUCUAAUGAGCACACACAUAUAUAUGAAUGUAUGUAUGUAUAUAUAUUUUAAGAUGAGGAUUAAUUUCUAUUCAAAACCAUCAAUUCUUUUGACUAACUGAAUUAUGCUUUAACUAUUUCAGUAAAACGUUCUGGUGUUAAGAGUGCUGUCUACAUGUGCAUCAUUAAUUUAUUUGAAUUGAUUAUGCAGAUAUUAUUCUGUUAUAUACAAAAGAAAAUAUUUUCAAUAUGUUUUCUACAAUUAGGAUUAUUUAAUUUACACAAAUUAUUUGCCUUUUUUUAUUUAUUUGUUUGUUUGUAAAUAGGUUUGAGUUAAUCGUGCAUUUAAGAACAGUUUAUGUUAGUUCCUUGGGAUCUUCCAGAUCAUGUAGAUGUAAUUUGUUUGUUUACAUUAAAUAUUGUUUCAUCAGAACUCAUAAUUUUUUUAAAACUGAAUUGGCGUAACUUUCAAUUUUUCAUUCAUAUGAAAAUAAAAAGUUCAUUGCAAAUGUCCA